GGAGGUACCUCCUUGGGAAGGGAGGCCUGUUUGUUGAGGAUGGGUGGCGGCGGAGGGGACACCCUCAACAGCUUGUUUCCCGGAUACAGAGACAAGAUCUGGGCACGACUAUCGCCACAGGUAAGUAUGUAUGUCCACACAGAUGCAGAGGGAGGGAGAUGAUACAUGGCGGGCCCAGCACAGUGCCAAAUAAUACCUGGCUGCUGGCUGCUGUGCUGUGCAAUGCAAUGCAAUGCAAUGCGCUGUGGUGACUGUCUGCAGAUCCGUCAGUAUCUGAUCCGGCGAGACAAUGCCGGGUUCGAGUCGAGUAUGCACACGCUGUCGGUGGUGCAGCGGCAGAAGUACGCGGCCUUCUUCCAGUACUUGGCCGACCCCCUGAGGCCCUCCUACCAGUACCGCAAGCCGGUGGUGGACUACAAGCGGCAGGUCACCCGCGGCACCUACGUGCAGGGGCGGCACCUCUACAAGGCCGACGGCAAGGGCGACAGGCUGGACAUGAGCAACCCCUCCAACCUCUGGGAGCCCUUCACGCCACAGGAGCAGGAGCAGCGACGCAAGAAUAAGGCGCUCACCUUCGCCGUCUUCUUCUUUGUGAUCCUCUCGUGGCCCACAUUCAUCUGCCACUUCGCUCGCAACGACUACUUCAUCCUCUGCCAAGCGGAGGGGCAGCACCAGCACCAGCAGCCAGAGCCAGAGGGAGAGGUAGAGGCAGAGGGAGAUGGGGAGGGGGAGGGGGAGGGAGAUGGCAGUGACGAGCGACCAUGAAACACUCAGGUGAGGGCCGGUUGAUUGAGGGCGGUGCCCGUCGGGCCUAUAUUGUCAGGCCUAGUUGCUUAUCCUGUUGUGUGAUGCUGUCCUGUCUGGCAGGAGAACGACUGAGUUUUCAAUUGGCAGAGCUGCUGGUCCAUGCCAUGAGUGAGUGAGCAGUGGCAGUCAGUGGGUGAGUGGGGCAUCGCAUCAUAUCAUGCAUGGACAAGUGCAUGGAUUGCAUGUAUGCCAGUCAGUCAGUCAGUCAGUCAAACUCUCCAUCCGUGUGCUUCAUGACUGCCACGGGAUUUGUUUGUCUUUGGUUCGUCAAGUCAAUGAUGGACGAGUGA